UUGUUAAACCGAAAUAUUCCCUCUCCUCUCUGAUCCUUCUAUUUUUACUUUCCCUCUCCACAACCCUAACAUAUAUAGCUCUCUUAAUCCUUAAACCCUCUAAUGUAAUCUCCGUCUUCCUCAUCACUUCCUUUUUCUUCUUCCGAGAAUUUCUACACUCUUGUAUUCUUCCAGAUGCAAAUUCUGGCCGAUUUCAAUACCGUCUUUGUCCUGAAUUUGCUUUCUAUGGUGUCCAACAAAAUACAACCAAGGCAUAAUUAGCAUGAUUCACAAGUUCCCAAUGGCUGAACUCAGUGGCACUCACACUCAGAUUCUUCACUCUCAGUCUCAGUCCCCUUCAUCAUCAGCAUCUGGAAAUGAAGAUGGUGAUGUUAAAGAACUAGUUGGCUACCGGGAAUUCCAGGAAACCAUGCCUUUGGAAGAUACGGUUGUACUUGAUAGUCCCUUGGCCGACACCCCGUUGGAGAAUCUGGGCUUUGACACAGAGCCUGAAGGUGAUGUGGAUUGCGUUGUAGAGAACCUGAGUGCUGCUGCAGUAAGUGGGUAUAGGGAAGAAGUGGUGCUUGACAGUGAGGAUGAAGUAGUACAUGGAAGUAAAGGGGCUAAUGGCGUAGUGGAUGGUAAAGCUGGUAGAAGAUUCACGGGGAAUGUGCUGGACUUUGAGAAGGGGCAGCUUGGUUCACCUCAGAAGCAAUUGGACGACGUGGUGGCAGAUUCUGAUGACUCUGCUUAUGAAAAGAGGAAUGAAGUAUCUUCUAUCGAUUUCAGGAGCAGUGGUAGGGUGGGAAGUCCAUCUCAUUCACCCGAUUGUAAUCAGAACUUAAGGUUAAACUAUGUUGGGUCUCAAGAACCUGGGGAGUCAUCUCAAGCAAAUGCGCUUGAUAUUGUGGAUCACUUUUUGUCAUUGAACAAUGUUGACUCCUCUCCAGGAGUUAACCAUCGAGCUGUUAUUAGGGCAAAAUCAUCUUCUGUCUCUAGUGCAAAGGGACGUCAAAGUUUGGCUAAGAGACUUCCACUUAAGACCCCAAUUGUAAAAGCAGGAACCUUUGAAUGGACUGAUAGUGACCAGCAUAAUGGGAGUGAGUUUUUUCAUAAUAGGAAGGAGUCGUCUUUUGAUUUUGGUGGCUACAGGCAUCAGGAGGAUAGGAAUCUUCACAGGGAGGGAGGUAGCAGCUUAGUUCACAAGCAUGAAGAGAACAAUGAGGUUUCUGAUCUCCAUAAGGAAAUGGUCUCGACUUAUAGCAAUUCCAGAUCUGCAUUGUGUAGCUCGAGAGAGGUUAGCAGGGAAGUACAAGUGAUUGGAAAUAUCACCAUUAAGGAAGUUGAUGAUCAGUUCGAUCCAAGGUUGACAGGACAGCAAUUGGAAGCUGGUGAUGUAGGAGGAGAUACGUCCAACAUGUUUGAUAUUGGUUUUAGCACUCAAGUGGCUGCUGAAGCUAUGGAAGCUCUAGCAUGUGGCCCCCCUGCUGGUUUCAACUAUGGUGAUGCUUUUCAAGGUCCAGAAAACACCCUUGAUCAUUCUCCCAGGGGUUUAAUUAGGAAUGAAACCCAUUUAGGAUGUUCUUCCUUUCCACAGAGUGCUUGGUCUGAUAGAGCAGACAUAGGAAAACAUUCAAAGCAAAGAAAGCGUUCUGCUAAAAGGCUUAACAGAGGAAGCUUUGAUAAAUUUCAGAUUCAGUCUGAAAAUAAGGAGUUAGAUCCCAAGUUGGCAAUAACAACAAAAGUGAAGGUAGGCAAGUCCUCUGUUGAGAGACAGCUGAGUUGUGGAAAUUCCACUGAGGCAAAUGAGAGUUUAGGGAGAAGAUCUGGUAAGUCUAGCAAACAAAGGAAUGCAAAGAGAUCUUCAGGUGGAACUAAACUUAGAGAGUUGGAGGUUGAUAGGGGUACAUCUUUCUUGGGUGAACCUAUCUUAUUUGGCAAAGGACAGCCUCAAGGGAAGUGCAUGAAGUUAUCUCAUGUUGCUCACCGAACCAGGCAGCAGAUGUCAGAGGAUACAUUGGUAAGGACCAAGGGUCAAUUAGAUAAUGCAGGAGAAACAAUACGUGGUGGCAAAAUAAUUCAGUACAGAAGAAAGAGGAGCCGUUUAGCUGCUCAUCCAGUUGAAGUUUUGAGGAACAAGGAUGAAUCAGAUAAUCCAGGAGAAAGUAUAAAGGAUGGUAGCGUAAUUCAAUACAAAAGAAAGAGGAGAUGUUUAGCUGCUGAUCCAGUUAAGGCUUUGUGGACCAGGGAUAAAUCAGAUAAUCCAGGAGAAAGAACAAAUAAUGGCAGUAUAAUUCAAUACAGAAGAAAGAAAAGCCGUUUAGAUGCUGAUCCAGUUGAAGUGUUAAGGACCAAGGAUCAAUCAGAUAAUCCAGGAGAAAGGAGAUAUGAUAGCAGUAUAGUUCAAUACAGAAUAAAGAGCCAUUUAGCUGCUGAUCCAGUUGAUGUUUUGAGUGUCAGAGAAAAAUGUUCCAAAUUGGAUUAUAAUUUAUGUAGGGACGCUGGACACUGCAAAUUGAAUCAACGAGAUCAAUCUGUUCAAGAGGUCACUGGCAUUGCCAGUUAUUUAAGAUCAAAUCUGUGGAGACAUCCUAGAGGUAAAAGGACAAGUCGUAAUGUACGAAGCCAUUCAAAUCGACUGAAUAGCAUAUAUACCCCAUUGUUAACAAUUUAUGGAAAAGAAAGCAAUAUUCAUUCUUGCAAAAGUCAGAAAAGGCCAGAAGACAAUGACAAAGUGAAGGGGAAGGCAGGGUCCUCAAUAUAUACUUAUCCACAUUGGCGUUCUUCAGAAAAUGAUUCUGACAGAAGCUUGUCAGGGAAGAAAUUUGAUAAGCUCGGCUCAAUAGGUGCCAUGUCUAACUGUGAAUCAGCUGUAAUCGAUGCAACAAUGUUUCCCGCAGGUUUCUGUAGAGCCAGGACCUUGAUGCAACCUGGAAAUCUAAAUGGAAAAGAUUCUAUGUCAUUUGCCGAUGAUGGAGAAAAGACCCAUAAAUUGGAAGUAUUGUCAAACAAGAGUAUUGAAACAUCUGGUUCUGAAAGUACGGUGACAUUUAGCUCCAUCAAGGGCAUAAGUGAGGCUGCAGCAAAUUGUAUGUUUUAUGAUUAUCAUAGAAAGCCAUGCAACAAAAACCUACCAAAAUCAUCCUUGUUGAAAGAGAUUAUGAUAAUAGGCGUCCGGGAGUCAAGACCCGACCUUGCAUGGAAAGACUUGAGAAAACGAAGAGAUAUGGCACAUGUUCAAGUCUUGUUUAGCCAGCAUUUGGACAACAAUAUCAUCAAGCAGCAGAAAAAGGUAGAUCUUGGAAGCUUUUCCAUUAGCACCUUUUUCCUAUUCACUAGUACACCAAAUGUGGUAUGGUCAAUUUGUUUCAUGUUAAAUACUUGCUGCUAUUCAUUCCCCCAACAGAUUCUUGCACGACUGGGCAUGUCUGUUGCAUCAUGUAGCAGGGAUGCCACACAUUUUAUAGCUGACAAAUUUGCACGUACAAGGAAUAUGUUGGAAGCUAUUGCUCUAGGAAAACCCGUGGUGACACAUUUAUGGCUAGAGAAUUGCGGACAAGCAAGCUGUCUCAUUGAUGAAAAAAAUUUCAUACUGAGAGAUUAUAAAAAGGAAAAGGAAAUUGGCUUUAGCAUGCCUGUUUCAUUGGCUCGUGCAAGCCAACAUCCACUUCUAAAGGGUCAAAGAGUCCUUAUCACCCCCAGUAUUAAACCUGAUAGAGAAAUGAUUACUGGUUUGGUCAAGGCAGUUCAUGGCCAGCUAGUGGAGAGAAGUCAGAUAUCUGCGGGAAACGAUGACUUAGAUGACCUUUUGAUUCUUGCCUGUGAAGAAGAUCAUGCAAUCUGUAGGCCCUUCCUUAUGAGAGGUGCAGCCAUUUACUGUUCAGAGCUUGUACUGAACGGGAUAGUCGUUCAGAAGCUGGAAUAUGAAAGGUGAUAGAAUUGACUUGUAACAAAAAACUAUAGAUUGAAAUCAUGAAACUCAUUUUGGCGAACCCAAAAUGACAUUAACUGGCAAAAAAUGGAUUUGUUCGGAGACUAUGUAUUGCAUGUACAUACAGCAUGCGUAUGUUACUCUUUUUCUUGUUUUUCACUGCAUAUACUCAUCCUGGAAACUCGGUGCAUCUUUUCACCCACUGGUUUUCUAACACUUAUUUCAUUUUCUGAAUGAUAGACACAAGCUCUUCACAAAUCAAGUGAAGAGGAAACAAUCUGCUACUUGAAAAAAGAAGCUGCUUCGCUAAUAACAGUAUCUUUUGCAUUAUCAGUUAUACUGUUAAGCUCUUCCUAAAUCUAGCAAGGAGGAACCCAUCUGGCACAUGAUCAGGGAAAGAUUACCGAGCAUCUCUCUUUAUGAAGACAAAAUGUAUCUAGUUUUUUUUUUUUUUUUUGGUUUCCCCCUCUUUUGGCGCUAGUGUUCCUUGCAACAAAAUGGGUAUUCUUAUGAUAAGAGAGGGGUGGGUCCUCAUUUUUGUUGUAAAUUGUAUGCCAGUGGAAGUUCAUCAGAUCUUUCUGUGAUCUUAGAAAAUCGUAAAGCUUUUGCCUAUCGGCUUCAUGUCAAA